CGACGACAGGGUCUACGAGCUCUACGACCAGAUCGUCACGGCGGACGAGCCCCCCAGUCUCGAAGUACUGCAAGAGUUCGCGAUGUGCAACUGCUGCGGCCCGAAACCCGGCGGGGCUCGACACCGCAACCGCAUAGAGGAUGUCGGGGUACGCAAUUUGCUGCUUCCCCUGGCGCGGCGAUGGAAAGAGGAGAUUCGAAAGUAUGACGCAGCCACCAUCGCUUCCCUCCGGGUCAGGACGGCAUCUGCUGCACGGCCACCACUCUCGCGCUUCCGGCCUCAUAUCGAAGAGCCUGGUCAAGACGUCGCGUCCAAGCUGCGCCUCUCUCUGUCGAAAGACAAGGGACUGAGGGAUUUCAGCAGUGGCCACAUCUACAUUUACUCUCGCGACGAGGACCCCGGGUUCGUCAAGAUUGGCUGGACCUCGUUCUCAGUCCGGAGUCGUCUCGAAGAGUGGGCCAGCUGCGGCUAUACACCCAGAUUGAUAUACUCAUCCAGAGAAAUACCAUUUGCCCAACGGGCAGAGACGCUAGUCCACUACGAGCUCAGCCCAGAGUGGCGUGCCGAGCGUGUCUGCCAGGGUUGUCGGCGAAGCCACCGCGAGUGGUUCGAGGUCGAUCAAGCCAGGGCCAUCAGGGUCGUCAAGGACUGGGAGGACUUCAUGACGUUGGAGAAGGUUUACGACGAUAGCGGCCGUCUUGUGGACAGCUGGGUUCGUGUCACGAGGUCACUAGUGAAUGUGGGCAUGGAGAUCACUGCGAGGCGUCUACUAGAGCAUCGCAGAUCUCUGCUUUCCAAAGUAGCUUCGCCGCGUGCGAAAACUCCCAAGCCCGUCGGCAAGGCCUUCAGCUUCACAAACAACUCGCUCGGAAUUCUGGCCGACAUCUCGACGUCGAUUCCGCCUUUUCCACAACGGUACACAUUCCUCCCUGCGGCCAUGGCAUCGGACGAGAAGUCGCCAUCGUCUCCCAUGAUCAACAAGGAAUCACCGUCAGAAACUCCUUCCGCUUCUUCGGCACCGGCGAUAACGUCUCCCUUGCCGGCUGCACCGCUUUCAGAGCAAGGCGAGACUCCCGCACGCGAUGCGACCCCGGCUUUGGCUUCUGCGAGCACCACACAAGUCACUGACCGUCAAAAUCCGCCAACGUUCACCUUUAAACCGGUCGCGCCAGGGGCAAUUCUACCAACUGUGACGCCGGUUCAAGGGCCCUUCGGAACCAAAGCCAGUGCUUUUGAUCCCCAAGCCUUUUCGAAUCUCUUCAAUGCCCUUGGCAAGAUCCAAGAACAACAGUCGCCCAAAGCUCUGACGCCGGUAUCCAACAAGCAAAAUGGCGGCAGUAAUGAACUUGGCCCAAGUGCAGAACCGGCCCCCAGCAAAUCCCCUUCUCGCCCGUCCUCCCGGACCAUGCAGGGCUCCUUGGGAGUGAACGCGCCGGAGAUGUUUGAAUUCUUGCCACGGACGACAAACGAGCAGGUGUCGGCCCCGGAAGCUUUGGAGCCGGAUCUGACUUCGGACUUGAACGCACUUAAGCUGACCGACGAGGAAACAGAAAGUCGUCGUCGUGUGCUUUCGUUCCUGGCAAAUAGUCCUCGACGUCUUUGAAACUGGGACAUCCGAGCAUGGUUCCCAGACUCACCAGGUUAGAAUACAAUCUAAACCAACCUCACAUAGUAAGA